AUGAAUGAUGCACGCUUCGAUCCGGACGACUAUCAGUAUGGGCCGCGAACCACUGUCGGAUUCAUAUCAAAGUUUCAUCGCAAUUGCUCUACUGAGCUAUGCCUUUUUACUUUUAGUAUAGCAGAAAUCAUUGAACACUCAAUUGAUGAUUUCCUCAAACUCGACCCUGAUCCACUCGAUGAUCGUCAUCCAGCGCGAUCUCAUCCACAUGCUGAAUUUGGAAACCUUCUGAAAAUGUUGUUUCGCAAUGACGACUUCAUGAACAAGCUUGUUAUAACCUACUUACUCGGACGUGAUCACCUGGAUCUAAGCAUUGCUGCAGCCCGACUACUGCUUGACUGUCUUCCUGGGUUGGACGCCAAUGUGGUUUUUUCUGAACCGAGUGACUUCAUUCCUCAACUUUAUGUAUGGGCAAAAGACAGCUCUAGCGAAAUCUUACGAGCUUAUGCAAUUGGGCUUCUUGCAGGAGCCCUUGAAGUUCAGGGAAACGCUCACAAAUAUCGCCUAAACAAUAUCGAUCUUAUGCCUGUUGCACUGCGAAGGCUCACCGAGCUGAAAGUAAGAUAUUUCCAAACAAUUGCCCCUGUGCUGAUUAAUAUGAGUUUUUUUUUUAUUACGAAUAGAGUUUCAUUGCUCUUGUUUUCCAUUGUUUCGUCUGAACUAAUGAAGUUUCAGAAUGAAAGAAAAGAUUCUGAAAAUUGCUUUAAAGUGCCCUCUUUUGCAUCACUUCAUAACCUGGAAAAUAGCAACAGCACGUGGAAUAUGGUGCAACCGUAUGUUAUAGGGACUCAUAAGGUGUAUCCUCUAUCGCUAACGAUGCAUCAGCGUUUCAUUUUACAAUACCUCAAUCCAACUGGAGAAUAUCAAGAUUUACUGAAUCUUGCAAUAGAAGGUCAUGCUAUGGAUCUCAUUUUGGAGUACAUCGACUUAAAGAAAAUACAUGACAUUCGCCUGACUUUUGAUGCCCUUCGUUAUCUCACCUCUUUAUUGGUUCAUCGGAAAUUCGCGAUGGAGUUCAUAGCUCGUGGCGGUGUGGUGGCCCUUUUGCGUGUUCCUCGUGCCUCGAUGGCUUCUGUCGCUGCCAUUACUGCCUUGUAUUAUAUGUCGUACAACGAUGAUGUGAUGGAGAAAAUGUGUCAGUUGAGCGAAAAAGUUCUCGACGAUGUUGUAGAAUAUGCUCUAUGGUGUUUGGAGCACAGCUAUGAAAGUGGAAUGGGGAGCUCUGCGAUGUUUUUCACUCAUGGAUUUUACUAUAAGCCUAUUUUGGAGCGUUUUGAUCAGCGAGAUGGUCUUAGGAAGUUGUACAACUACAUAUCCACGCUCACUUUGCUACAGGAGGCGAAUAAAGACAAGAUCGACUUGACGGAAGAACAACACUUAACCAGCUCUCAAGCCAUACGCAACGCUUCCGCUGCUUUUAGAACGUUCGUUGUUGUGUCAUAUCCUCACGCGAACGGUCUAGGAUUCCUUGAAGAUCAUUUUUUUCAAUUACAGACCAUGAUGAUGGAUGAAGAUUCUUUCAAUGAAGGAGUCUAUCUAAAGUUGGGAUUGAUCAAAACACUGUUCGCUGUGGUGGUACUGACACAUGAAAUGGGUCAUUUUACUGUCUUUUGUUCAUCCCAUUGUUUAGGUACGAAACCGCCAAUAAUCAUCAAUCAGUCUUAUCACUCAUACUCGAAUUCGUUCAGGAUUUUAAUGGAAAUCAUAGGAGGAGUCAUAUUAGCCGAGCCGGAUCUCCGUUUGGCCGCUCUCAAAGUAUUGAUAAACUGUAUUUCCGUUCCAGAAGAACUGCCUAAAGUAAUUCGCUUUUACGCCAGAGCCUUGGAAAAGAUCUGGAGCACCGUUCGCAGAUACAACGGAAUCAACGUCAGUAUUCUGAUCCGACUCACUUUUCCCAUAGCCGAUGCUGAUCAGACCCGUGCCCUGGCAUGUCGUGCUUUGAGGGAAUUUGCAAAAUGGGAUCCUGUGGGACAGAUACUCUCUAAGCUUCCACUCAUAACUGCCAAUGAGUUACAAGGUGAAGAAUUUGGAAUAAUUUGGAAUAUAACCUUUUUAGUUUCAUAG